AUGCAAAAAGAGUCCAAAGAGGCGCAGCGGUCGGAAGAGGAGCAGAUUAUUCAGGAGCUGAGUCCGCCUCAGCAGGCUGUGCUGGCCGAGGAGUCGGGGUCUCGAGCUUCGUCCAUUAAUCGCCAAAUAUACGGAAUUCUACCACCGGGGAUUCGGACGCCGCAGACGACCGGCUCGUGGAAUUCGCACUGUGCCGAGUCGGACACUUCUUUCAGCUCCGCCGUGCAGCAAGAAGAGGCCAAGCUGCGAUGGGACGCUGACGAGGAGCUCAAGCGCAUGUCCAAAACACUACUCUGCAUGCAAAAAUGGAGUCUCAUCACGGGGCUCUGCAUCAUCAACGGCGCGCUCAUCUACUCUGCGUUGAGGUUCUGGCAGGUCUACUACCUCUUCAUCGUGCUGCUGAGCUCCAACACGGUGAUGCAGGCGUUUAUGAUUGUCUGCAUCGUCGGGAGCUGCAUCUGGAACAAGGUGUUUUGCGCGUGCCGGAAGCGCAAGGAGACCGUCCCCGAGGAGCCCGAGAAGAUGGUUCUCCUGCUGCCGUGCUACAACGAAACGCCCGACGAGCUCUCGCGGUCGCUAGACUCGCUGGUCGAGCAGGAGAAGAUCGACAGCCACCCCAAGCUCAUCUUCAUCGUGGUGGACGGCAACGUGCGCGGGCCCGGCAUGGCCAAGACGACGCAGCGCUACCUGCUCGAGGACAUCCUGGAGCCCGGGCCGUGCCGCAUCUUCCCCAACGGCUACCGCGCGCGCGACGGGCUCUUCAUGCCCGUCAAGGUGCAGACGGGCACGUACCGCGGGGUCCCGUACAUUUUCGUCGGCAAAAGGUACAACCAGGGCAAGCGCGACAGCCUGUGCUUUGCGCGGUCCUUUUUGUACCACUACCGGCUCCGGUCGGAGAACGUCGUCACCAUGUUCAACAACGAGCUCUUUACGCACCUGGGCAGCGCGCUCGUGCAGCGCGGCCUCUUCACCGUCGACUACCUGGUGGGCAUGGACGCCGACACCGUGUUUGACAGUCUAUGCGUCUGGGAGAUGCUGCGGGAGAUUCGGCGCAACCCCAAGCUGGUGGGUGUGUGUGGGCACGUGUGCGUCGACUUUGACACGCGCCGGUUUGGCUUCUGGUCGCUGUACCAGUCCGUCGAGUACUCGCAGACGCAGGGGCUGCGGCGCAUGUUCCAGUCGCGCAUCACGGGCAAGGUCAACUGCCUGCCGGGCUGCUGCCAGCUGAUCCGCGUCGACGAGGCGACGUUUGGCGACGCGGUGCUGCGGCAGCGCUUCGGGUACUGCCCGAAGCCCAACGACGUCAUGACGCAGCACAUCAUGGGCAGCUACUCCGAGGACAGCAUCCACGCGUCCAUCAUCUUCAGCCUGUUCCCCAAGAAGCAGACGGCGCAGGCGCUCCGCGCCAAGGCGUACACGAUUGUGCCGCAGGGCUGGAGGGUGUUUCUGUCGCAGCGCAAGCGGUGGGCGCUGGGGAGCAUCUCCAACGAGUUUGUCAUGAUCUUCCGGCCGGGCAUCAUCCUGGUGGAGCGGCUGCAGAGCGUCGUGGCGGUGCUGACGUGGGCGAUUACGCCGUUCAUCAUUGCGGCGCUCGCGGAGAUGAUUAUGCUGUUUGUGAAGCACGGGAGGGAGGUCAUCCAGAAUUCCGUGUUUUUGGCGCUGCUGUCGCUGCUCUGGGUCCGCUAUCUGUACUCGUUUUGCAUCGGCUUCUGGCUCCCGCGCAACAACCUCGAGCGGGUGCAGUACUUUGUCGGCUUUUUUCUUCAUUUUUUUACUUCGCCAUUUAUGAACAUCAUUAUCCUCGUGUACUCGCUGGUGCACUCGGACGACUUUAAAUGGGGCAAGACGCGGGAGGUGGUUCAAGAGGACGGCGAGGCCAACACGGAUGCGCAAGGCGGACGGGGGACACAUUGA